AGAGUCGGCAAUGUUGGUUCAAGUCAGCAAUUUGGGCACGAAGCAUUGUAUGUAAGUCCGCGUUGUGUUUCAAUGGCGCCGCUGAUAUUGUUGCUGAACGAUAACUUGCCAGCCUGUCUGGCUGGCACCACUGCUGUCGGGACCGCCUGCUUCUGCUGGCUCCGGUGCAGCAAGAGGAUACACCCACAGGAGUCACAGGACAACCCACGGGAACUGGGGACACUAAAGGAAUUACGAGAGCUCGUCUCCGGCAAGCGAGCAUUGCACGUCAAAGGUUUCGGCGGCGGCUUCGGCAACAGAGCGCACAGUGCCGACCAAGAAACCAGUCAAGUUCGCCGCGCCGUCCAAGCCAUCCGAAGUUUCGGCCCAGACUACUUGGUGGUCGACGGCGAUCCUUGGGGCGACGGCUUCCAGCGCUACGUCAAGGCUUUCGCGGACGAGCGCCGGAGAUCCCAUCUGUCAGUGCCAGAGCUCGUCUGGGUGAAGGACAUCAAGGGGGACUCGCCCACCAGUGAAGAGCGCACGAAGAAGCUCGGGAAGGCUUCAGAGUGGGCCAAGGAGACAGGUCUCAGGGUGGUGGUUUCGUGGCUGCCAGAAUCCGCAAUCGCUAACGGCAUGAAUAGCUUGUUCGGCACGGAUUGCUCGGAAAAGCUGAAGGGGAAGAAAUUCGACGUCAGGGGCGAAGUGCGGUUGUUGUCAGGUCAGCUCGAGUGGGUGCGAGGAAUGGCGGCGGCGAGUGAUCCAUCGCAGAUAGAAAUUCUCAGGGCCAUAGAAGCCGUGGAGAGCAGGGAAAGCAAGCAGUACUUCGAGAAGUGCAGCUUCGAGAAUUCCGCCAAGGGCAAUGCGAUCUACCAGCAUUUGAGGGGCGAUGGGCACAAGCCGGACGCACAUGGGGCCGUGAGCUUCGGGGGCGGCGAGAGCGUGCUGCUUGAGUUCGCAACCCUCUACUUGUUCCCUGGCUCUGGCUUCGACAGGGAGCAGGCCGCGCUCUUGCCGCUCACGCGUGGCAGGGGCGAUUCGGACCCGAAGCUGCCUGAACACGAGGGCAGCGCAUUCAGAAGAUGAAGGUGUGCCUUCGCGGAGGUGAUAGGCGAUAGGCAUGUAAACAAAGACCAUAACAAAUCCGGAGCACGCUGCACGAUGAGGCAUGGGCCCAUAAUACUCGCGCCGCACAUCAGGUGGUAGCGUCAGCCACUUGUUCAGGGUGUUUUCGGUGAGGUUUCAACGCUUCAUGGCGCAAUCGCGACGAACGCUUCUACAAAAAGAGGUUGGUGUUCAAGUCUUGCGGGUUUGGCCCCCCCCCCGACCGGGGCCCC